AUGACUGUCCGAGGACGAACUAUUCAAAACGAAUUUAACAGUGCUAUAAGCCUUAAACACAUCAGAGUUUCACUUUGCAAUCGAACAGUAAGUGAGACUCACGCUUUUCUUAAUGAAAAAAUAUUAAGUACGACUAGUGAAUCUUCACGUGUAAGGCUUGGUUCAAUAUCAUGUCUCCUAGACGAGCUUCUGGUAUUUGGCUGCAUGGAAUUCCACGUUGCGUUCGACCAUUAUUCAUCAAAAAAUACCACACUGAACUGCGCGAACGAGAGAAAUUGCAAAAAACAAUUCAAGGUGCUGGUUUUGUCUAAGAGUGGAUUGCCCGUAGCAUUCCUGGAUUGUGGCGAGAAGCAGUACUUGUUAUUACUUGAGAGACCUCUCGACAACAUUCUUCUUUUGCAGUGUUUGGAUGAUAUUAUUUAUGAUUCUACUGGCAAAGCACACGAAACUCUUUUUCCAAACCAUACAUUAUGCAGCAGUGUGCCACAUCUUAUGAAAUUAUUGUCAUCUUCUCGGGACAGAGCUAUAGUUAUGUUCAUUCUGAGUUCUAUAUUCUCAGCACGCGCUUUGAGAAUUGCUUUUGGUUUUCGUGAGCAUAUCGUCAAUAAAGCGGUAGAAGAUAUUCAGAGUUUUGUAGAAGAACUAGAGAAUCAACAACAUUUUAUAUCAAAUCAAGCUGAGAAUUUGCUGAGCCAAACAGUUUCUCGCUUGGAAGAAGAAAUAAAUUCAAGCGACCGACGACCAAACAAGAGGGUUCUUGAAGACAGCGAAGAUGACAUGGAAUUUGAAAUUAACAACAAAAGAGCUAGACUUCAACAUCUGAAAACAAAUAAAGUUGCUGUCAAGGAGAGAAUGGCGAGAAGACUUUUUCAUAAGUGGAAAAGGUCUUUAAGAUCCCAGAGGGGAAAAGGGCAAGGACGUUAUAGAAUUGAUCGUGGAGCAGAAAGUGCGAUCAACGAUAUUCUUUAUGAGCAAUCGAAAGCCCAUAAUCGAAGGUACGUUUAAGUUUUAAUUAAUAUACGGACUUUUAUAGAUAUUCCCAGUUCUAUAACCAAGUACGACUUGUGUUAUUUUUGUAUGCAUGUGCUUUUUUUUUCAUUUUGAUGGCUCAUUUAUAUUAACUUAAAGAUCAAUUAUUUCAUGCACCAAAUACGAAAUGAUCGUUCGGUUUUGCAAAUUACUGGGAAGUGGAUGCAAAAUUUUUAUUUCCCUGGGACUAUUUCCCGGCUUCGUGCAUGUGUGAGAAUUUAUUUUGUUGAUUUAAACUAUCUUUAUAUAGAUGGGGAGAUGAAGGAACCAACUAUGUUGAGCACGAAGGUAGAAUACAUGGAAAACAAAUGCGCAAAAUUGCAAAUCGGUAUUUGAAGAAAAUGGGAAAACCGCUUGUUAAAAGCAUUGCAACAUGCCGUUCUUGGGGAAGAUGCCGUAACACAAGAUACAGACAAGCGAAAAUGCACCGAGGGAGAAAUCUGUGGAGCUUUUUAAGGCCUCAAAAGAACCUCCACACACGCCAUAUCAAUGUACACUACAACCGGGCGCAUGUUAAGAACUAUACAAAGGCAGUAUUCAGCGAUAACGUAUUAAAGAAAUACGUUUGCAGGAGAGCAAUGGACGAUAAAGCAUAUGUGCGAUGUGGCACAAGUGAAGGAUUUUCACGUCCAAUCCAUGCUCCUGUCCAACUAACUAACUCCUCUGAUGGUAUGCUGCCUUCAUCAGAUUACCCAGAUACUGUUGGAUAUGUCUCUCCUGGUGUGAUUCUGAUGAUAAACGAUAUGAAGCAAGUGGAAAAUGCCGCAAAGAACGGCACAGCUUUUGUGCCAACAGACGUCAGCGUUUCUGUAACAUGCAAGCCGAAGAGAGUUUACCCAAGUUCAACGACUAAUUGGGCCAAUGACAUGGUUUCUGUUCGACUUUCUUUUAGAGAUGAACACGAAGUUUCCAUGGAAGAAAUACCAGAAAUUUCAGGUGUACCCGAGAAUAAAGUCCCUUUUAUCAUAUCUUUAAGAGAUUCUCUUUUGCAGUUCCGAUUAAUGUCUAUUCCAACCGAUUAUAAACGAGUAAACGAAGGUGGAGAUCACCUAGCAAGAGAAAAACUGAGGACAGAUAUAUUACUGAAACGGAUAGAUGAAAUUCUAGCAGCACUCAAAUAUGAGGAAAGUCUCAAAAGCCAAGAGCUUGACAAGCUUUUUAAUGGUUUGAAAGAACUCCAGACAGCAUUACAAAAGCUAGGUAUUUUGCAUUUAUACUUAUAAUUUGAUAUACUGUAGCUAGAUGAUUGAAUUUUAACAGGGUAGAAUAGUAUCCAAGUUUUGUAAUGCAGGUAUAUGCAUUUGGUCAAAUUCAUCUUUUUUCCUUAAUAUUGUUUCUAUGCAGCAUUGAAGCUUAGCGACGGGGACUGGAAAAUUGACAACGACUACGACGAAAUCUGCCAACAAGCAUUGGGUAUUCAAGAAUUUCUCGAGUCUAAGGGAUUUCUGAAUCACAGGUAUUUAAUCCAUUAAUAUUUUAGUAGAGAACAUGCAAGAAUGGUAUUAGGCCUAAUACUACAAAUGAAAUUACUGUGCUCACUACUAGUUAAGUAGCCAUAAUAUAUUCUUCAUGCCUUCGUUUAAAUCACUCCUUCUGAUCCAAUAGAUCAUCAUAGAUCAGAUAGACUGAGUUUUUGUCUAGUUAUAACUAAUUUUUGCAGGGUCGGGUUGCACAAAGGCCGCCGGAUGGCCCAGAUGUUUUACACCUGUCGCUGUCCACUGGGUAGUGCGGCCUUCGUACAACCAAUCCCUGUUUAAUAUCUAUAAAGUAGACAAAUCUUAACUCUUACCAUGAAAAGAACAAGCAGAAUUCUGUUUAAAUAUAACAUUUUAAUAUAACUAUAAAUAGACCUAUCGACAUCCAGACAACUGACGCAGGUCCGGGCGUUUCAUGUCACGAACGCAUGACGCAAGUGAGAAUGGCCGAAUAUUUCAUGAUAAACUCAUUGGACUUGCAAGCCAGGUUCCAUUAUGCACCACAUGAUUCCUCAAGCCACAUAGCAGAGAAGGUUAUGCGGUCUCUGAAUGAGUGUUUGGGUGGAAGAUCUAUCCCAAUCAAGUACAAGAAAUCGGUGUACGAAGACUUGGACUCUUCCAAUCUACCAGAACUGACGAGUGAGAUGCUCGACCAACUCCAGAAAGAGAGGGAGAUUGACGCAUCAAAGGACUGCGCAGAAGCAGUGAAAAGGAGAUGCGAUGGAAAGCCAUGUAUGGGCACGACAAUAAAAUCAAGAGUACCGUGGUACGAUGUGCACAGGAAGUUCUUCUUUGACGAAGAUUUCAUGGCUAAGUGUGCCCAGGCCUCCUCGGCAGCCGUUCUAGAAAAGUGCGCUGGGAAAGAGUACUACAAAUUCGUCCUUGGUUUUUUUGAGGAGCACUACAUUCUAUACGACAAUGGUUUCGAAGGAAUCCGUGAUGGGUGCAUUAAGGUACAAGGUAGAUCCUGUAACUUCCACAGCAAUAUCGAAAACCAUUUGGUGAUUAACCAAGGGUGGCGUGGUAGCCAUGUUCGACGCGUUCAGCCGCCAGCACCAGAUUACGAACGGCAAGACGGAUUUCACUAUUCAGUACCUACCCAAAUCACAGGUAACAUGUCUGUCAACUGUAAGCGCGAGGUUGACGACUAUAACCCGCGAAAGAACCUGGAAAAGCUGCUUGCCUCUUGUGGUACCCCAAGCCUGAAGGUGGAAGAGAGUGUCAGUGACGAUGGUUCAGUGGUGGCUAAAGUCACGGACACAAACAACACAUUAGGAAAAGCAUUAGAACAGGUUGACGAAUUUGUCACUAAAUAUACUGGACCGGACUUAGAAAGUGUGGUGGUGCAAGAAAUUCGCAGAAAAACUGGAAUGAGGGUGAAAUCUGAGGUUUCGAGAAUGCUAAAUGCUGAUGUAAAGGCAGCUGAAAAAGCAAAAUUGUUUCUGGAUUUUGAUUGGGAUAAACUUAUUAGAGAAAACACGUUGCAAAAACUGUAUGUAUCUCAACUGGAUCUUUACCUUAAACAUGCAGGCUACACAGAUAGUGACCUACAUGUGAAAGGUUUCACCAAAGAUAAGAAGAUUGAGGUGAUCAAAAGGCAUUACUAUAAUCAGGAACAUCCAAAGGCGAAACGAGCACCAGCCGUGAAAUCAUCUCAACGUUUUUCAGGCACGAAUAGUAAACCAGCACAAACUGAAAACACCACGUCAGUCAGACAAACGCAAAGUGCUACUUGUCACGUAUCCCUUCCACCUAUUUCCCCUGCAAACGCAAAUCCCACAGCGAAUGUCCUUAUAAAUGUACCUCCUUGGGGUGGAUCCGUAAAUAUACCAUUGUAUGGUAUAAGAACAUUGAUUAACACGUGCCCCAUUGACAACUUUUUAGUGAUUUUAUAUAGUCAACACAAGACGAACCCUGCUUUUGGACUUGAGCUAACCCAAUCCACGGAGGCGUAUGCGAGCGUGCUUAUGAAGGUUUUUGAUUCAUUUGACAACGGUAAUUUCGGCGAAGGAAAGUUCUGGUGGUUACAGCAAUUCGGGGGACGUUUUGAUUUCCGUAACAAUGCACGAAUAGACGUUUGGGGAAACGAAGAGGACUUAUUUGUUUCACGACUGAGUCGCUCAUUUCAGUCGUGUUUUCGGAGUCAUUGCUCUUCCCCACAUUGUCCAUCACCCCAUCUUGAUGUUAACUCCACAGGGAUCUGCUUGAGGUAA